CUCGGUCUGACCGUCACAUGGCUCGUCCUCAGACUCUCUUUUAUAUUUUACUUUACGCUGCAGGUACUUUGUAUAUUUUUUUACAAUCAUACAUCUGUGUGAGGCACUAGUGAUUUUCACAGACACAGUAAUCUGGAUUAUGCCGUUUUACUGCGGUUUAUUCUGUAAAUGCAGUUAAUGCCUUUUUAUCAAGGAUGUGAAUUGUUAAGAGAUCAUAAUUAUUGAUAUUCAUUAAAAGCAUAAGGUAGGUCUUUUUGAGACGUACAGACUACAGUUCAUGCAGUAAAUGUGAACUAAUUCAAUCACUUAAUUAUAUUUUUAUGUGAAUUCUAAUUUUUAUUAUGAUACGUUCUUGUUUUAAAUGAACAGAGAACGCGCAUCCUUUGGAACGUUGAGUAUGAAGACAUUAGAUCACGUAACUGUAAGCGAAGGAGGAACUAUUACAAUCCCCUGUCUGUAUGACAGUCAGUAUAAGCGGAACUCAAAAUACUGGUGUAAAGGGUAUACUUGGGCAUUUUGCAAAAUUUUGGCCCGUGCAAAUUCUACCAAGAAAUGGGCAGUAACUGAUUAUCCAGCCGACAAUAUUUUUACUGUGAAACUCGACAACCCGACAUCCUCUGACUCUGGAAAUUACUGGUGCGCUGUGGAGAUCGACGCCAACCCAGAUGACAAAAAUCAUCUCUAUGUAACUGUUAAAAAAGUUCCUGAUGUGUCUGUGGUGAGCAGCAGUGUAUCUGGACGUGAAGCUGGAGAUAUCAGUGUUCAGUGUCUCUACAGUUCUGGAUAUCAGUAUAAAACUAAACAGUGGUGCAGAUAUAAAGAUGAGAGAUGUUACACAGUGGGGAGGACUGACACAUCCCAGAGUUCAUCAGUCCAGAUCAGUGAUGAUGAUGGGAGAAGAUCCUUCACUGUGCUGAUGACUGGACUGAGACUGACUGAUUCUGGCUGGUACUUCUGCUCUGUAGGAGAUCUGCAGGCUCCUGUUGAACUUCAUGUUCAUAAUAACGCUCAAUAUAAAAAUACAUCUGAAUGUGAUGAGUCUAUUUCUGGUCUAUUUCCAAACCAAACAGGAAGCAACGACACGAUGGACAGCAGCUUCCCUCUCGAAGACUCUUCUGACCGGAUGGACUGGUUUCUCCUCCUCUACAUAUCUGUGUCGCUGCUUCUCUUACUGAUGCUGGUUAUAUUCAUCUGGAGGCUUAUACAAAAACACAGGGCUUGGUCCAAACCAGGACCAGACAUCUGUUCUGUGGCAGAAGAUCCAGUGACUGUCGCGUACGACACUGUGGUGUUCAAGAAAGCAGAAGACCGUGAACAAAACCAGGGCCGUCGUUCCGAACAAGUUGAAGUGAUCUACAGCACUCCCCAACUUCAUUAUUAGCGUAGGAUAUCUGGCCAUUCACAUUAUUAAUAUUGCAUUGUUAAAUAACGGCAUCGUCAUCUGUUUUGCAUCAUGCACUGUUUCUCGUAAAGAGUUCACUUGAAGAAGAAAAACGGGAACUUAAGUGUUUUCCACACGCAGGGUCAUGGCUUGUCAGGUUAUUACUUUAAUGUCUUGCCACAUCUGUAAAAUGUCCUAUGCAUUGGUGCAAACGUUUGCAGAGGUACACUUUCUUCUGCUUUUCUAUUUUUAUUCUAGAUGAUGAGAGAAGCAAAACCGAAACACACAUCAGACGCAUCACACACUCUUUACCACACCAGAGAUUGGUCAGAUUAGUUACACCACUUCAGAAAACCACCCCCAAAAAUUGAAAUCUGAUUACUGAAUAUUUGCAUUAAGAACUGUUCUUUAUUUAUGGAGCUACUAUAUAUUUUAGCAUUUUCAUUGUUUGUGUAAGGUUUAGUUCUAACUUCAAUCUGUACAUAAAGGGAUAUUUUAAUUGAUUUGCGAUUCAAAUUUAAUAAAUGUUAAUAUAUAAAUUGUC